GUCCUGAAAAACUUCCGCCUUAAGUUGUAAAGAAAACAUAGCUGCUGAAAGGCGAUCGACGGCGUAACGAGGCUCUUUAAGAAGUCAAAUCGAAGGCAGAUAUAGACUUCUGUCAUUCUGGGGCUUGAGACCUUUUCCAGCGAGUGUGUGUGAGUGGGUGAGUGUAUGUGUGAGUGUGUGUGAGCUACUGUCUACCUCCGCUGCAUCUUUUCACCGAGAGCUGCUCCUCCCUGGAGGAUGACAAUGGAGGAGAUGAAGAAUGAAGCGGAGACAAGCUCCAUGGUAUCAAUGACGCUGUAUGCUGUGAUGUAUCCCGUUUUCAAUGAGCUGGAGAGGAUCAACUUAUCAGCAGCUCAGACACUCAGAGCAGCCUUCAUAAAGGCUGAGAGAGAGAAUCCUGGCUUGACUCAGGACAUUAUAAUGAAGAUCCUGGAGAAGAAGAAUGUCCAGAUCAACUUCACUGAAUCCCUACUGCGCAUGGCAGCUGAUGAUGUAGAAGAGUUCAUGAUUGAAAGGCCUGAGCAAGAGUUCCAGGACCUAAAUGAGAAGGCCAGGGCUCUGAAACACAUCCUCAGCAAGAUCCCCGAUGAAAUCAACGACAGAGUACGCUUCCUACAGACCAUCAAAGACAUAGCCAGCGCAAUCAAGGAGCUCCUGGACACAGUCAACAACGUCAUUAAGAAGUAUCAGUACCAGAAUCGCAGAGCCCUGGAGCAUCAGAAGAAAGAGUUUGUGAAGUACUCCAAAAGCUUCAGUGACACCCUGAAAACAUACUUCAAAGAUGGAAAGGCGAUAAACGUCUUCAUCAGUGCGAACCGACUGAUUCACCAAACCAACCUCAUACUGCAGACCUUCAAAACUGUGGCCUAGCCCUGGAGGACCACAGCCCAACCCCCCACCCUGGGGGAGACGCUAGGACGGUGGACAGCUGAAGAGCACCUGACCCAUAUAUGUAAAUUAGAGUUGAUUUUAGGGUUGGGUUGGGUCAAUUCCAUUCGAUUCCGAGUCGAGAUUUUAGUUUCCAAUUCAAGAGACUGAAAAGUGCCAUUUGUUUUUUUCGAUGAGGAUUUUUCCAGUCUUGAAAUGGAACUGAAUUGGCCCAAAGUCUGGUUGAUUGAUUUUAUUUGGACAGUUUUAAUUUAUAACCCUGGUCUUGUUGGGAGUAGGUGAGGCAAGGUGUUUAUUAAAGACUAAUUGCCAUUUUUUUCUAAUAUAUUCAUGUUGAACAUUAUACUUUUAGCUUUUGAAUCAUGGUUUCACAUCAGAGACUGCAUUCAUUGUUGGUUUCCUCUCCACGCCUCUUCUUUUUUUUUUUUUUUUUUCUCCUUUUGCCAUGGUCUGUUUGUGUAGGACAGAUGAAAGUAACUGCAACCACCUUACAUUUGUUAACACGCUUUUGUCUGCUGUCAGCAUACAGCUGUGGGUGAGGGGGCAGAGGAGAGGAGAGGAAGCAACAUAAGACGUUUUGGGAUGCAACCCUCUGACUUCUUUUUCUCUUUAUCAGAAGACAGAAAGCCAAAAGACUUCCAGCACAGUGUGCGCCUUACCAAGUCCUAUAACAUUCCCUCAGAGUGUAACUAAGUGGAGUCAGUCCCUGUUGUUUGGGGAUGUAGAGAGAGAAGUCAAAAGUCCUGUAUUUAACUGAUAACUGGUUGCAAAUGUUCAAUAAAUAGUUUCCAAAUGA